UCCAUCGCACCAUGGUGUCCAUAAAGCUUCGUUCACUCGAACCUGCUGCAAGCAAACACCCAGGAAUUCAUUAAUUCCUUCUCCGCGCAUCAAUCGCAGGAAGGCAGCGCAAAUGGAAUUCAGCAGCAGCGAGCUCGCCGGCCGUGGUUCCCUGCGACAGCGGCGUAGCGACCGCCGCCGUCUUCUUCCUCCUCGUCUCCUCCUCCUCCUGCUCGCCGUCGCCGGCCACUCGCCCGCCGCCGCCAGCAUCUUCGGCGGCGACGCGGCAUCGGAGUGCAGCCGGACCUGCGAGUCCGAGCACUGCGCAGCGGCGCCGCUGAUGCGCUACGGCAAGUACUGCGGCGUGUCCUACACGGGGUGCCCCGGCGAGGCCCCCUGCGACGCCCUCGACGCCUGCUGCGCGGUCCACGACGCAUGCGUCCAGGCCACCGACAACGACUACCUGAACACGUGGUGCAACCAGAGCCUGCUGGACUGCGUGGCGGCGGCGAGGCUGUCGGCGGCGGCGACGUUCGAGGGAAACCAGUGCAACGUGACGGAGGUCGCCGACGAGAUCACGUCCGUCGUGGAGGCCGCCGUGUACGCCAAGGGCAUCCUCCACAAGCCGUAGCUGCUGUGCUAGUUUACGUGUGUCCACCGCGAGCGGCGAGCCGGGCCGGUGAAGCUGACACAGACAGUUCACAAUUCGGAAAGGAAAGCGGUGGCUGGAGCCGGUGGCCUAGAAAAAAAGGCUGAUGUGUAUACGACCCUGGCCGGCCGACGUGAUCUCCUCUUCUCGUCCCUUUCUUUUUCUUUUUUAUAGUGGAGAUGCACGUGCCACGUAAUUUAAAAACCUAAUAAAUAAGAAUUUAUAUUUAUAGAAUA